AUGGACCUCCAAUCUAUAUCUAUCUAUCUAUCUAUCUAUCUAUCUAUCUAUCUAUCUAUCUAUCUAUCGAACAAUAAGAUUGUGCUUCUUGUCGACAAAAUGGUGGCCACGCGUCUGGAAGUCAACAUGAUGCGAUUGUUAAGUCGCUGCGAGGAAAAAGUCAAAGAGAAGAAACUUGGAGAUUGGAGACUAGAAAAGUAUAUACGUGCAUUAAUGGAAAUGUUUGAAGAAUUAAAAAAGUCUCCCACUUGCCCUUCUAAAGAAGAACUAAACAGUUAUGUGAAGAAGAUAGAAUUUUUAAAAGGCUUAAUUGAAGCUGAAAGAUUGCCAAAUGCUGCUGAAAAAAUGUUGGCUGCUGAAAAGUUGACCCCUGCCAGCACAUCAAAUGAUCCUGACCCUGUAUCUGGAAAGAAGCUUUGUCAUUUGACCAAAGGAAGAUAUGAGAAAGAAAUGAGGGAAGAUUUAUUUGGUGGCUCUUCAAAUGAUGAGAAAGCAAAAGGCACUGAUCUGAGACAUCGAAAAGUUUCCAAUGACAAAACGGAUAUUAAUGCCAUUUUGCAGCAUCACAAUGAAAUGCAGGAAAAAUUGGCUGAAGAAAUGUUGAUGUUAACCCGAAAUCUCAAAACUAAUGUAACUGCUGCCAAAAGGAUUGUAAGCGAUGAUUUAAAGGUGAGUUGUGUUUUUUUCCCCUCUUCUCUUUUCUACUAUCCAUUCAUUCUCUGUUCAGACUAUCCAUUCAUUCUCUGUUCAGACUAUCCAUUCAUUCUCUGUUCAGACUAUCCAUUCAUUCUCUGUUUAGACUAUCCAUUCAUUCUCUGUUCAGACUAUCCAUUCAUUCUCUGUUCAGACUAUCCAUUCAUUCUCUGUUUAGACUAUCCAUUCAUUCUCUGUUUAGACUAUCCAUUCAUUCUCUAG